AGGGUCCCAAUCAAGAUGGAGGAAUCGAGAAGAAUUCAGGCUGAAGUGGAGAAGUUGGGUCGAACGCUCUCUGAGUACGAACACCAUGCGCUUAGGAUGAUGUACGAGUAUUUCAAAGGCGAUAUCAUCUGUGUCCUGGAAUAUCUACCUACUCACAGCUUCCUGUGUGAGUCUCAGAAUUACAUGAGCUUGAACACCGAGCACUACAGAACAAUGGAGAAGCAAAUUGGUCCAGAAGCCUUUGCGCAAUUGCUGCUAGAAGACGUUCUGGCCAUGGGGAGAGAUGCCGUCAUCGGGUUCUUCAAAACUCUGUGCGCUCUACAAAAAGACCACCAGCACCCAAAUUUGUUGGGAGUUAUCGACGAGAUCAACGUGGCAGAUCAGAGUGAUGUCAUGUUAUUGGCACACAUCAUUGAGGACACAACAGAUUCUACAGUGCCUCCAGAGCAGAAAGAAAUCUGGACUCACCAUAAAAGUCAUCUGCUGAAGAUAACACGGACUCUUGUGGAGAAUAAACCUCCGGGAUCGACGUGGAAUCAACAGGGAUUUCCAAUCUCUGAGCGCUAUUUGGAUCUAAUAGUUGUUUCUACUUAUCAACUUAAACAGCGUUCUCAGCAUGAGAUCUUAUACACCGGUAGUCAACAUGAACUUUUUUGGAAGCAAGCCAAACACGGCCUGGAACGCAUUAGCAUCGACAAGCUAUUCCGCUGGUGCCACCGAUCUGAAUGCAUGCCACGUGCCGUCUUGGUGAGCGGAGUGCCGGGAGUAGGAAAGACCACCAUGAUGCAGAAAUUUGUCUUUGACUGGGUGAACGGCAGCCUGUAUCAGAGGUUCAAUUUUGUUUUUUUCUUCAAAUUUCGGGACCUCAAUCGACAUAAUAAAGAGAUCACCUUGGAGGAGAUGAUUUGUACGGAGUAUCCGUAUCUGGAGAUUUAUCUUAGCGACAUCUUCCAAAAUCCAGAAAAAUUGCUCUUCAUACUUGAUGGCUUAGAUGAAAGCAAUCACCACAUAGAUUUCAAAGCAGGUCCACUGUGCAGAAACACAAAGCAACCGGUACAACUUGGUUCAAUUGUGGUUAGUUUGGUGAAACAAUCUCUACUCAAGGGAUGUUCUGUCUUGAUGACCAGUCCGCCCAACAAAACUGGCAGACAUCAAUACCAGUGACUUCCAGAGAUUAUCGGAGAUUGUGGGGUUCUUUCCCGCAGAGAGAAGGAAGUAUUUCAACAAUUUUUUUGACAAUCCAGAUUUGGCAAAAAAGGCUUUUCAUUACGUUAGAGAGAACGGGACAUUGUACACAUUCUGUUACAUCCCAACAUACUGCUGGAUUGUCUGCACAGUGCUGUCAAUGAGCUUUAGAAACCAAUCCAACAUGGAUCAGCUGAUGGAAUCGUUGCCCAAAACGGUGACACAACUCUUUGUGACCUUUGUCUCUAACCUUCUGGCCAAUCACAGCCAAACUGUCGACAAAGACGAAGCUAAAAAAACUGCUCAAAUCCAUGGGGAAGAUGGCAGAACAUGGCGUCAUGAACCAUAUUCUUACAUUUGAGAGGAGAGAUCUGGAUUCAUUCGACCUUAGAUCUUUGGAACAUCUUCAAUCAAGCUUCAUGGUGGAAUCUAAACAGUCCUCUUAUGUGACUUAUUCCUUCUUCCAUCUCACCAUUCAAGAAUUUGUGGGCGCCUUGUCUCAUUUCAUUGACUAUUCUCCAGAAGGACUAAGGUCUUCCAUCGAGAAAGCCUGUUCCUUUGACGAUAAUCGAGGAGAACUCUUUCUCCGUUUUCUCAUCGGACUUUCUCAUAAUACCACCAGAUUUCUUUUGGCUGAGUAUCUUGAUGCACGUGCUUCAAAUGCAGCCAAGCAAGUGAUCAAUUGGCUGAGUGAUUUGAUUUCAUCAUACAACAUGACAGGAGGUUCAGAUGAUGACACAAGAGAAAGCUGAUGAAUAUUUUCACCUACCUUUAUGAGUCUCAGACAGAUGCUCUGGUAGCACGUUUGCUCAAUUCGAUGACAAAUUUUGACUUUUCUGAAUUUCACUUGGCACCAUUGGACUGCACGGUGUUGAGGUUUAUCCUCAAGAUAAGCAAGAACACAGAAAGUCUUGAUUUAGACUCUUGUUUCAUCCAUAGUGAGGGCUUGGAGCGUCUUGGUACAAUUCUACAUACAGUGAAAGAUCUUAGGCUCUCUAACAACGACCUGAAGGAUGAUGACAUGAAGAUCAUUCAUGGUAUACUACUGAACCCUGACUGCAAGAUCCAAAAACUGAGUCUGAGGAAAAACGCUCUGUCGUACAAUUCCUGUUCAUUGUUGGCCGAAGCAGUAAGAGGGAAUCAGACUCUGCAGGAGCUGGACCUUUCCAGGAACAACAUGGCUGGACCGCAUUUUGAGGAACUACUAACUGCCAUUGCCGGUUCCAGGAUAACACACUUGUUUCUCCAGCAAGUGAAGCUGACGGACGAGUAUGCCCAACAUCUGCUGGUGCUCAGCAACCACCGGAACCUCACACACCUCAACCUGAGUCUGAACUACCUCACCGACGCCAGCGCAGAGUACAUCACCAGGCUUAAAAAGACUUCACCAAACCUCCAACAGAUCAGGAUCGAGACCAAUGAAUUCUCCAGAGCCGUGGAAGAAAACUUCAGACGAAUGCAGAUCACGGACUGA